AUGAAGUGCAAGCCGAACCAGACGCGGACCUACGACCCCGAGGGCUUCAAGCAGCGCGCCGCGUGCCUGUGCUUCCGCAGCGAGCGCGAGGACGAGGUGCUGCUCGUGAGCAGCAGCCGCCACCCCGACCGCUGGAUCGUGCCGGGCGGCGGCAUGGAGCCCGAGGAGGAGCCGUGCGGCGCGGCCGUGCGCGAGGUGUUCGAGGAGGCGGGCGUCAGGGGCAAGUUGGGCCGGCUGCUGGGCGUCUUCGAGCAGAACCAGGCCCGCAAGCACCGAACCUACGUGUAUGUGCUGACGGUCACCGAGCUGCUGGAGGACUGGGAGGACUCGGUGAGCAUCGGCAGGAAGCGCGAGUGGUUCAAAGUGGAGGAUGCCAUCAAGGUGCUGCAGUGCCACAAGCCGGUGCACGCCGAGUACCUGGAGAAGCUCAAGCUGGGCGGCUCCCCGACGCACGACAGCCCCGUGGCCGCGGCGCCGCCGCCCCCGCCGCCCCCGCCGCCGCCGGCCGGCGAGCCCCAGUAG